GGGUGGGGGGGGCGCGGAGCCGGGCUCCGGGCCGGCCGGGCUCCGCGCCUGUCAAACCCCUCAUUGUUCGCAGCUGAUGUCACUCGCAGUUGUGAGCGGCCGCCUCUCCCGGGGACAAUGUGGGACUGAGCGGCCCAGCCGCCGCGCCGCCGCCGCCGCCGCAGGACAGCCCCAGCGAGAACCAACCAGGCCGCAGGGGGGACACACUCCCAGGCUGCUGUGGCCCCAGCCCCGCCUGACAGGAUGAGUAACUCAGAUGCGGGGCUGGAGGAGGAGCCAGAGCUUAGCAUCACCCUCACACUGCGGAUGCUGAUGCAUGGGAAGGAGGUGGGGAGCAUAAUCGGGAAGAAGGGAGAGACUGUAAAGCGAAUCCGGGAACAGAGCAGUGCCCGGAUUACCAUCUCCGAGGGCUCUUGCCCAGAGCGCAUCACUACCAUCACCGGGUCUACAGCAGCUGUCUUCCAUGCGGUCUCCAUGAUUGCUUUCAAGCUGGAUGAGGACCUUUGUGCUGCUCCUGCAAAUGGUGGCAGUGUCUCCAGGCCUCCAGUGACCCUGCGCCUUGUCAUUCCUGCCAGCCAGUGUGGCUCACUGAUUGGGAAGGCUGGCACCAAGAUUAAGGAGAUCCGAGAGACAACGGGAGCCCAGGUGCAGGUGGCUGGGGAUCUGCUUCCUAAUUCCACAGAGCGCGCUGUCACUGUGUCUGGGGUGCCUGAUGCCAUCAUUCUGUGUGUGCGCCAGAUCUGCGCUGUUAUCCUGGAGUCCCCACCCAAAGGAGCCACUAUCCCAUAUCAUCCCAGCCUCUCCCUAGGUACUGUCCUUCUCUCCGCCAACCAGGGCUUCUCUGUCCAGGGUCAGUAUGGAGCAGUGACCCCCGCUGAAGUUACCAAGCUCCAGCAGCUCUCGGGCCAUGCAGUCCCCUUUGCCUCUCCCAGUGUGGUGCCAGGACUGGAUCCCAGCACACAGACCAGCUCACAGGAGUUCUUGGUUCCCAAUGAUCUGAUUGGCUGCGUGAUCGGACGCCAGGGCAGCAAGAUCAGCGAGAUCCGGCAGAUGUCAGGGGCUCACAUCAAGAUUGGGAACCAAGCAGAGGGCGCUGGUGAACGGCACGUGACCAUCACUGGCUCACCGGUCUCCAUCGCCCUGGCCCAGUACCUCAUCACUGCCUGUCUAGAGACGGCCAAGUCUACCUCUGGGGGGACGCCCGGCUCAGCCCCCGCAGACCUGCCCACCCCCUUCUCGCCGCCCCUGACGGCCCUGCCCACGGCUCCCCCAGGCCUGCUGGGCACACCCUAUGCCAUCUCCCUCUCCAACUUCAUCGGCCUCAAGCCUGUGCCCUUCUUGGCUCUACCACCUGCUUCCCCAGGGCCACCGCCGGGCUUGGCGGCCUACACUGCCAAAAUGGCAGCGGCCAAUGGGAGCAAGAAAGCUGAGCGGCAGAAAUUCUCCCCCUACUGAGGCCGGCUGAGGCACAGGCGGGGGCAGGCAGGACCACCGGCAGGGGCUGCCUCUGCAUCCUACCUGCCCAAGGAGAUUCCACCCUGGGGUCCCAAGUGCCGCUAACGCCAGACGCAUGGAUGCACCCCCUACCCUGCCCUGGUCUUUGGAGUUUCUUCUCUCCGAAAGGGGGCAGUUUCUGGUCCAGGGUUCUGGGAGCUGCAGCAGCCCCAGGGCAGGGGCCCCCACCCCUUCAGCUCUGUGCUUGGAUGCAGGGAACAGCCAGGGGCCUCCCUAGUGCUCUCCAUGGGAGGUCACCAAUGUACUCUGUCGUCCCCUAGGGCUUCCAGGCCUGCUGCCCCUUGGGAAUCAGGGAGGAAACCUGAGGGGCGGCUGGGGCCAAGCUUCUCUCCACCCCUGCAGGUCCCUGCUGCUUCCACUGAUACCCUUUUGACUGGAAUGGACUGGUUGGGCUUGUCAGGGGACAGGCCAAAGAGGGGGCUCUGCCGGCAGCCAGCUGGGGGAGUGGCCUGGGGGCAGGGGCCCAGUUCUCAGCAGCAGACACUCUGUACAGUUUUUUCAAUCCCUGUUUUUGAAUAAAUAUUCUCAGCGACCAGAAA